UGUGAAUGAGGACGGCAUCACUCCCACCAUCCCUCAUCAUGACUGCCACCACCACCGUCGUCAGUGCGGGUCACGUGAUGCGUGAGGACCGGGCGGUGGGUGUGUCUAAUCGCGUGUGGUUUCAUUCAUAACUACAGUCUUUAUUAAAGCCCAAAUUAAAGUAUGCAGACGGGACAGGCUGCCUGUGGACCGCUUCGGACGGAGACUACAUCGGGGUCUCUCUCACUGUGACGUGGACCAUGAGCAAUGAUCUGCCUGUUCUGACGAGUCUGACUGAGAACUCCACUAACCGGGACGUGUCGGCGGGCCAGGUGGAGAACUAUGUGCUGCUGUUGGUGCUGCUGAGUGUCUUUGCUGGUGGGACACUGGUUCUGCUUUCCCUGCUGCUCCUCUUCUGCCACCGCUGCUGCCUGGGUGGACGGCGCUACUCCAGAGCGAGCGAUGACCUCGAGAAGACAAACACCACGUAUGCCGAGGACUCUCAGCCCACACAAGAAAUCACGAUUCGUCUGGAUGAGUCAGAUGCUCUCUCAGCAUCAAGCUGUCACGAUGGAGAGUCGGAGAGAUUUGUCUCCACCGGCCGCAGAGUCUCCUUCAAUGAAUCUGCUCUUUACGAACAGGAAAAAGGCACUCAGGAAAAAGGGCGCAGGUACACGCUGACCGAAGGAGACUUCCACCACCUGAAAAAGGCCAGACUGACUCACCUCCACCUGUCUCCGGCUCCAUGUGACCUGAAGAUCCUCACAAUCAUGGAGUGUGACUCUGCAGAGAGCAGCAGCAUCAACAUAUGCGAGACUGCAGCACCACUCACCAUCUAUCAGCCUGCUGAGAGACGACUCCCUGACUGGAUGGGACAGAGUCUGAGCGGGGGACUGCCAGGAGACCCCCAUCACUCCACUGUCCUGGACCAGGAACGCAGACUGUCUUCAUCCACUAUGGAGGCUUUCAGGGAUGAAGGGGAGGCUGAGAGCGACAGGGGGCCGAGGGGAGAGUCCACACAAGCUCUGGGCCAGACUUCGGUUCUGCGCUUCUUCUCCAAACUGCGGCGACACGCCAGCCUGGAGGGAGCUGGGCCUUAUUUCAGACGGUGGAAGUUUGACACCAGUCACCGAGCUGCCAGCCUGGAUGCUAAAGGAUCCCCGAGGAGAAAGCCUUUCCAGAGACAGAGAGCAGCGAGUGAAACCACAGACCACACAGACGAGGACUCUUCCCCUUUCCGAGAUGACGCCUUUGAAUCAUUCCCACAUAUUCCCAUCCAGGCGAGUGGACUCCAGUCCCUCUCUGCAGAGUCUCUGUCUCGUCCUUCCUCCACAUCCUCCUCAUCAGGUUUUCUCAGAAGGCUGAAACUGGAGGCCAUGGUGGAGGCAGGUGGCAGCAUCAGCACCAGGAGAGAGGAGUCUGCUGCGAGGCAGGAGGAGGCCACGAUCAACGGGAUGGGAGCAGAACAGGAGACAACGUUCAGCACAAAGGGGAGUUCAGAGGCAGCAGGAGAUGAGCUAGAAUCUACAGAAGACGAUGACCUAUUUGGGUCAGAACAAAAUGCCGCCAUGCAGGAAAGGUUUGAAGACUUGUUGAGGAAAACUGAAGACACAAAAGCAGAUAACAGCAGAGCAGAUGUGAGGGAGGAGGUGGAUGAUGGAGAAGAGGUGGUGCAGGGGGCAGAAGCAAGGCAAAGAACUGACUCAGGCUCGUCUGCGUCGUUUAUGAUUCGCCAAGAGAGCUCGGAGCCCCCACACUCCCUGUAUCGAGAUAUUUGGAGCCUGCGAGCCUCACUGGAGCAAUAUGCCGCCUCAGAUCAGAGCAGCACGGACCGGGAGUCCAUCCGCAGCGAUGCAGACAGCGUCUCGUCCUUUGGCGGCGCCGGAGCUCGCUCCGGCCUGGACAGCUGCCUGUCUCAAGACCUGGAUGAUGAGCCCGAAGGAGAUGGUGAAGCGGAAGAGUCAGAGGGGGUGCCCAGAGGGGCAUCAGGUGUAGACAGUGAGAUGGGAGGUGGUACUGGAGGAGACGGGGAGGGAGGAAACAGGAAGCUGCUUCAAAUGGACAGCGGCUAUGCCUCAAUUGAAGCACCAUCCAGGGCGCCAGAGGAGGUGCGGCUGUUCGGAGCUCCUGGAGCUCCACGGGGGAAGUCGGCAUCUGAGAGGAGACUGUUUUUCACCAGCUCUGGAAGAAAAGGGACAGUUUGCGAGAGCAUCGAAGCCAGGCUGUUUCAGGAGGAGCUGGAGGACCAGAUGAUGGACAGCAAUGGUGUAGAGGACAAGCAGCAGCAGAAACCACUGAGUCAAAUCCUCCAAGAGCCAUGUCACCUCCUGAAAUCCCUCCAACCCCAGAAAGCUCCAGAAUCACAGCCUCAAAUGGGUUCUCCACUGAUGAAACCAGUCCAGCCCACCAGUCCCCACCGAUCUUGUCUUAGACGCCGUGACUACAGCAUCGACGAGAAGACAGAUGCUCUUUUCAACGAGUUCCUUCGUCACGACCCACGCUUCGAUCAGCAGGAUUCUCCAUUACGCUCCAGGCACAGAUCCAGAGUUCACCUCCGGAAGCAAUGGCAGAGACAUAAGCAAUACAGUGACCCGGGGUCAGCCUCGGGGGGCAGGUACUCUCCAUCUUUGGAGAGACAGAGGUUCAGCCCGCUGAGGAGGGGGGAUAGCGCCGGGUACCCCCUGGACACCAGAUACCACAGCACCCUCUCACGCAUAGCGAGCGCUGCAGACGAAGAAGCCAGUGAGGUUGCAGCUUGUGAGGAAGCAGCCAAAGAGAGAGCAGAGGUCAAAGAUCAGUCAGGUGAAGGAGCUGCAGGGAAUUCUGGAGGAACACGAGGUGAAGACACAGAAAGCACAAGCAACCAGUCUGUGAGAGAGGGGACAGCACAUAAUAGCCACAUGGACCCAAGAGUGGACAACAGGAACAACAACAGCAGUCAAGCUAUCUUGUCAGAGAUUUCCCUGCAGGAAGAGAGUAGUCUAACAAACAAGCUGGUGGCGUCAGUGGAGGAGAGGCUCUACGGCAGCCUGAGGAGGUCAGAGAAACCUGACCAAGCAGAACCAGAGCAUGUCCUCACCGUGUCUCGCACAGCCUCUCCUGGAUUCAGUCCCACAUAAUCCCCACCAGCUUCAUCUGCACACCUCUGGACUAAAACAACCCAAACACCGUUCCUCUCACACAUCAGCUGCUACUGUGACACCAUGUGACAUGUGAUGUCCUCUUCCCUCAACAAUCACAAGAAGAAACUGAACUAAUCCCAUAGCACUGAAGACGUAGAAACUAUUUUCUGACAUAUCUGAGUUUUUAGCAUGCUACUGUAGACCCAAACGGUGUGUCUGUGAAUACUCUACAGCCUGACAUUUAAACAGAGCACGUUGAUGGUGAAAAAAGAUAAGAUGUUUGUCACCCAUUGCUUUUUAUUUUAUUUUAAAACCAUCUCCUCAAGUGUCCUUGUUGUCUCAGCCAUCGUGGGGUAAAUGUUUGAGUGACAGCCACUCUGUAUGCAUGUAGUGAGAGGAAGACCAUGUUUACAUCACAACACAUCCAGUAUGGAGAUCGGUUCAAAUAAAACCAGAGAAGAAAGCAGAAAAUAUCAGACGGCUGGAGAAGUGUUGAUUUUUAUACUUGUGUUUGUUUCUGUUUGUUGCGUUGACCACCUGUCCACGUUACACAUUAUAGAAGGUAUCCAGGAGCUUCUGGAGAAAGAUGGAAUGAUGAUGCUUAAAGUGACUGACACAGGAGCCUCUGAGGCUUCUAGGCGGAUGACUUACCGAUGAGCUGAUGCCGACAUGUAGAUGUUGAAGCUGAUAAACGGUGGCACCAUCUGCUCCCUGCAGGAACACAUAAACUCACUCCAACACCAAAUAAAUCUGUUGAGAUUCUGUUUUUGUUUGUGACAACCCCAGAUUUAAAGAAUAUAUAUAUUUUAUUCAUCCUGAUGUAUUUGAACAGUUUCAUUGUGUAAACUAAAUGCUCAUAAUGCAAUGGCUGAUUGGCAAGAGACGGACUACGAAAAAUGUUUGUUCAAUUAUAUCAAGCACUUCAUGACAACCAUGUUAAAUGGGGAUUAAUAUGUUAACUUGAGAAAAGUCAGAUUAAAGGUGGAGUGUAGAACAUGAACACAACAGCGACAUCUAGUGUGUGGAGGUUGUAGUCGCAACAAUAGAACAAGGAUUCAGCCGUGGAGAUUCGGUUUGUUGCUGAUACGCAACUUUUUUUUUUUUGGGUCCAUUUGUUAUAGGCUUGACCUAAAUUCACUCUGGUUUUAGAUCUUUGAUGGUAGCUCCUCUUCUGAGGAUAACAUCUGAGCUCAGAAGCAGCUGCUUGACUUGCCAAGUCCGCCUUCUUCCACAGCGACAGCCUCGCUGUGUUGAGCGGAGUGCGGCCCGAUCCCAACACUCGCACUUCCACACUUGUGCGCUUCAGUUGAGCGAUCCCAGUCAGGGAUGGGAGUAGGGUGUCCCAAUCCUCAAGUGGGGAAGUUGACCACACCCCAUUUGCACAAUUGAUCUGCACUUUGCCCAAGUUUGCGUCGAUGCAGACUUGGGAGAAGGGUAUUACCCACAAUCCAUUUCUGGGGAUAAAAGGUUCAAGUGCCUUUUAUUAAAAUAUUCAUUUUCAAAUUAAAGUAUUUCAUUUUGGGACAUUUAAUUGAUGCUCUGAAUGUUUUAGAGAAAUCAGCAAUGAAUGAACAUUUAUUUCAAAUAAUAGGUUGUUCGUUUGAAAGUUGUUAAAGGUUUGUAAAAAGUAGCACAGCGACCAGCAUCCUGGCAUGCACUGUGGUCUUCGGUUGUGGUCGAUGACGCAAAUUAUUUGCAACUUGUGUACAAGCCGUAAUGUGCACUUCCUCCAAGAGCACUUCACAGAAGACCACAUGGUGCAGUGAGAGUACUGGGAUUGGGCCUGUUUGGCAACCCGCAAUGGUGCCCUCUACUUGCUGGUAGAUGUAAACAUAAACCCAGUGUUGUACCGUCAAAAUAAAUAUUUGAUUAUUUUAAAUUAAAAUUUAGCUUUUAAAGGAAAUACUGUGCCUUCAUUUUGCAAAUCUAUUAACACCCCAUGGAAUUUUUAUUUUUUUAAAAACAUAUUAAAUUGACCCAUACUCAACUUUUAAUGUAAUUAUUUUAAACAGUUUUUUUUUACUUUAAAGACACUUUAAAUUUUGGAAGAAUGUCAGAAACAGUGUUAGGAACGUUACUCUAAAAAAGUAAUUAGUUAUAGUUACUGAUUACUUUGUCAAAAAAGUAACUCAGUUACUGAGUUACAAGAUUAUAAAAGUAACCAAUUACAAAGAAAAAUAACUACUUAGUUACUUUUUUCAUUAAAGCAUGCAAGAAUUACAAUAGUGAAAUAUAAAUGACCAAUGACUGGAACAUAAUAAAAUGUAUGUCCAAAUGUUUUUUAUAAACCUGAAUAAUUUAAAUAAAUAAGCACUUAACAGGAGGAACUACUAACAGGAGCAUUACACUUAUCUAGACUAUUAAAAGGUUACUGUGUGAUAUUUAACAAGACCCCAAUCAGCUAAAAUUUAAAAUUGCAAAUAGAAACACCUGUAAAGGUUCCCGAGCCUUUAAAUGGUCUCUCAGUCUAGUUAAAUUACAGAAAUGAAUGUAAUUUUGCACAGCAUUUUAAUGUUUCCAGCUUCACAUAAUUGUGUGUUUAGCAGCAUUUCUGUUGCUGGUAAUCUAGUAACGGUUAAAUAAAUAAAUAAAAUCCUUUAAAAUGACACUAGAAGAGGCACAAGCCUAAAGGAGGACUUACAUUUACUAAUUUGGGUCAGACCCAACCACAGAAGAGCUGAAGCUGGGUGGUAAACACACACAGGUAGUUCUGAUAACACCUGAGCUCCAUGACGUCUGAGACAGAUGCAUCAGUGUUACAGCGGGACUAAAGACAUGAUCAGAAACAGGUUACAGCUGGAUGAUCUAGGAAGGUAGAAGAUCAGGACGUCUGAGCGGUGAACAGGUGAGCAGACCUUCAGGACAUCCCGCUGUCACGCUAAGGACACGGCUGCAGACCCGCAGAUUCGUCUGCAGCCGUAGAAAUUCAUCACGUCUUCCUCGUUCUUCACGGGCCGUGAUACGCUUGGAUGAAAACAUCUGCCUCUUUAGCUCCUGAUCAGCUGAUGACAGCUUCAACACACCGCGCUGCUUAACACACUCAUUUCCUUAUCAGUAACAGAAACGAUCGUUUUGUUAAAAGAAGACGGUAAUUAAUUAGUUUGCUCGUUACAGAAAGAAAUGAAUAUAUUUUUUGAUUAACGUGGUUAUUUUAAACAGCGUUAUUCCCAUCACUGCUCUGUUGUGUCUACAGUAUGCAGCGACUGAGACCGUGAGGGUCUCCGCCCACCCGUCCAGUCGUGUUUGUAAGUGCGUUACCGACACCUCUCUCUCCCUGGCUGCAGCUGAAGUGUGGCGGUCAGAAAGCCUCACACUGUUGCUCUACGUUCGACAAGGACAUAGUAACGCACAACCUUCUGUCCCCAGUAACGGUAACGGCGUUGCAACAGUGGGAAAAGUAAUUAGAUUAUUCCGUUACCUAAAAAAGAACGCCGUUAUAUUUAAACGGCGUUACUCCCAACACCAUACACCAGGUUAAAGGGACAACUCCCCAAAGCCUGUGUACUGGCUGAAAAAUAAAUUAGAAAAGCUUUAAAUGUCAUCUCACCACAUUUAAAAAAAAUUUGAAUAUUAAUAAAUGCACUAUUGGAGAAGAGACAGCCAAUGACGAUUGAAGAUCCGAGUCCUAUUAAAUUCAGAGUAUUUAGUAUGUCACAUGUGAAACACCUCAUUGUUUAUAAACAUCAAAUUUGCAGGUAGACAAAAAAGGCAAGUCUCAAAUCCUUGGAUUUCAAAAAUUCUAAUAUUUUGUAUUUAAAAUCUUUCUUUUAGGGAAAGUAACAGCAGCGACUGAGUUUGCAGCACAUCAAAGCAACUAUUUAAAAAUAGCUAGUGUUUAACUGAAAAAGGGUCAUUAAAAUGAAUGCUGUAGUGUCGAGUGCUCUAUGGUUUCACCUGGGAAACGAGAAGGUAAACCCAGUGGCUUUUGUGUUGCACCACCCCCUUUAUGGUAAAAUGAAUAAAGACCUGCAGCCUUGACAGAUGAACCAACUGCAGCAAGUAUUUUAUUUUCUAAAUAAUAAAAAAUGCCUCCUCCCCCCUCUGCCUUAUUUCUUAUCUCCUCCCCCCUCUGCCUUAUUUCUCAUCUGUUGUGAUUCAUGGAGUCUGAAACUGUUAACAGCUCAGCCUCGUGUUCUCACUCACUAAUCAGUACAGAAACAUUUCUCAGCUCGUUACCGCGAGGCGUUUCUCCAUCCUCCCGUUUGAGUCUCUGUGCUGACCUUGCUGACGUGGGAAGUGCCGCUCUUUCCCUACCUUGCAGCUGUGACUCACCUGCUCUCUGAUCUAUUCCCGGUGAGGAGCUCAUGAUGGGUCUGGCUGCGUAAGAGCGGAGCGGAGUGGGUACGGGUGGCAGCGGAUGUGAUCGGCACAGCAAAGCAUCACUAAAAACAGACCACUAGGCAGUUAUCAGGGCCGAAGCACCGACUACAAAGAGACGUGAUGACAUGACCUUGUGAGGGGUCUGUAAAAUAAAUGAAAAGGGGUUUAAACUGAAUAACAAACAGAAAUAAAACAAAAGCAGCCGGUUUGGGACACGUUCUUUAUAAAUAAUAACUUUUUUUUUCUUUUUUAGAAAAUUACUCAUUGGAAAAAAAGAAACUAAAACCUAAAUGGGAGUCAACAAUCCUGCUGGUCGCUCCACAAGCCAAACUUCCCUUUUCCCUUCAGCUCUUCAGCAUGCAGCUUUUACACUGGUGGUCACAAUAUCAGAAGCAGUCACACUGAAGAUUUAAACAGAAUUAUUCAUAACUGUUGUUGUUUUUCCACUUUAAUGUUUUACACAUCACAAUGUGUAUUAAAAACUGCCAUUAGGGAUCCAUAAAAACAAAGGAAGUCAAAUAAACAGAAGGAGGUGGUGGAGGGACAGGAUGAUGUCUAAAACGUCCGGUGCAACACUCGUCCAUCUGAUGAGGACGACAGAGGAGAUGUCUGGGGGACCAGAGGACGGAGGUGGAUGACACAAGUUGAGAGGAACCAAAAUAUUGCAGGAAAUGAAAACCAUCUUCACAGCAAGUGCCUCAGUCUCAAACAAAAAAAAAAAUGUUAUGCUGUCUUCCUCUUUCAGGUCACUUGCACCUCAUCGUCCAAAGACUCUGUGGUCUGGGGAGGUGUGGGGGACAUAAAUGUCAGCAGACUCCAAAAACCUGAACAAAGACAAAAGACAUAACAGAUGUCCAUGAGAUGGCAUUAAACACACGAAUUCUAAUGCGUGGCGUUAAACCGGAAACAAUCAACCCCUAAGGUGAGAAAGAGACAAACAUCCCACAACCUACUUUAUCUGAGUCAGGAUGAGUCAUCGCCAGAACAAAUGAAUUCACAGUGUCUCUUAUGCACUGUGCCAUGCCAAACUAGCUGAGAGUGCUGUGUGUGUGUGCGCAAGUCACAAAGAGCAGAGGUGGGUGGCAACUAGAACAAAAAAAGGGGGAACAACUGUUUCAAAUUUUUUAUAUGUUUGCAGUAAACAUCUGUCCCACUUGAUGUGAGCAAGAGCCUCCGACGGCCCACUGAAGAGAGAUUCGACAGGCUCGUCUAGAGGUGGAUUUGAGACUUUAGAUGAAAACGUUCCGGCGUUUGCCUGAGAAGUGGUGCUGGUGAGUCAGAGCACCGCGAGCUGCAUAUCAACACAGAUCCUGUCUCUAACCCAGCUUUGUUCUUCUACUCCUCCUCCUCCUCCUCAUUCUACUCCACUUUUCAUCCCCCACCCCUUUAUUCAUAAUAGUUUCCUUUUCUAUUUGUUUGAAGGCAUCCUCUGAAGCACACACACUCACCAGGUGGGUUGUUGUCUUGGGAGGAGACCACGUUGUGGGGCGUCAUUGCUGCUUGCAGGUGGAGAGCUUGCGGAUUUUGCUGGCUGUGGAGAGUCCUUUACGUGAGGGGUUGGAUGAGGACGAGGAUCUGCGUUCAGCUUUGGUCUUGCUGUUUAGAGACCCUCCUUCUGUCCCAUUCACACAAACUGGCUUGGCUACAGCUAGACUGGGGUCUGUGCUCCCCUGAUGCAGCUCUUCUUCUACCACUUGCCCUUAAAAAUCAAAGAAAAGUCUAUAAAUGCAUCCGCAACGAAAAUGCUGAUUGUUUCUGCCAACAAUGCAAAUUGGAGGGGGGUUGUUCAUUCCUCCUGUGAGGAACAAUGAUCUGCGUGCGUGGGAGUGAACCAUUCAUAGCCCCCCCCCCC